CGCUCGAUUUCUGCUGCGUCCUUCUCGCGAGGGCAUGAAAGGCGUCAGCGCGUCACUUGCUGCUGCUCGGACCUGAGCUGCGCGAGUUGCGUCGGGCUGUGAGCCGAAUCGUGAGCUAUGCACUUGUGUCGUCGUCGCCUAAGUUGUCGGUGUUGACGCCGGGGCCGGGGCGGAAUUCGGAGCAAGGAGUCGACUGGGUUCACGCGGAAUGGAUUCGAGGCUCGCAUGGUCGGAGCUGAGCGCGGCGUGGAGAUGAGCUCGGUAUCGGCAGGAUCGUCGCGAUUUUGAAAGCCCAUCCUGAAGCAAGCUAGCGGGUGGGGCAUCGGGAGUUCGUGCGCCGACGAUUUUCGGAGCUCAAGCACAUUGGGAGGGAAACUGAAGCAGUGAUUGGGGUUUUACAAUUACGCCAAGAUGAAGUCCAAAUUCGCUCGCGUUCCCGAGAAGCGGGUUCCCGGACUGCUAGUCAUGGCGGUUAUAUGCAUUGCAAUGUUUCUUGUUGCCAUUUGGGUGCUCAGUGCUCCGUCAGAUUCACCAUCAGCUUAUGUUUCUACCUCGGAGAAGGCUAACUCGAAGAGUAAGGCGGAGGACGUGUAUGACGAAGUCGCCGAGUCAGAGGAAAAAGCAGACGCGGAAGACAAAGUAGACGACGAUAAAGGAGAUGAGAAAACUCCGGAUGCUGACAGUGCCGAUGAACUCACCGAAGCCGAGAAAGCCGGGGAACCUGGCGACAACGAGGAGAAGGCAGAGGUAGAUAAGACCGAUAGUGCCGAUGUCAGUGAAGAGGACUUGCAAAGUCAGGACAAGAAGAUCGAAGACGGCAUCGAACAGCAGGAAGAGAGCGACGUGGAUACUGAAAAGGUCGAGGACGAUUCUACUGACAAAGAGGAGUCUACCACUGAGACCAAAGAUACCGACACCAUACCUACAACAGUGACAGAUGGAGAACAAUUGGAGCUCGCGGUUGAAAACAAAGAGACAGAGAAGUCUUCCCUGAUCACCCAAGCUAAGGAAUCCAAGGAGGAGAAGAUCAACGAAGUCAUUGAGAAGGCUGGAACCAUCGAUGAGAAAGCUAUUGUGGAUGAGAAGGAAGCCGUUGAGACUGACGAGACCAAGACGAACCCUGACGGUACAACUGCAGAGGAAACUGUCGAGGUGGCCGACGAUGGCAAGUCUAGUUGGAAAGUUUGCACUUGGGAAGGAGCGCAGGAUUAUAUCCCCUGCCUCGAUAACAAGAAGGCCAUUAAGAAGCUUCCAUCCACUAAGCACUUCGAGCAUCGAGAGAGGCACUGCCCAGUUGGCAAAGACUUGCCCACUUGUCUUGUCCCUCUUCCCGAGGGUUACAAGCCUCGUAUCGACUGGCCCGAAAGCAGGAAUCAGAUUUGGCAUGCCAACGUCCCACACGAUAAGCUUGUGACUUACAAGCAGGAUCAAAAUUGGGUCAAGAAGCAAGGAGAUUUACUGGUGUUCCCCGGAGGUGGGACACAAUUUAAGUUUGGGGCUCUUCAAUAUAUUGACUCCAUCCACAAGAUCUUGCCUGAUAUCACCUGGGGAAAGAGCACUCGAGUUGUUUUGGAUGUCGGUUGUGGAGUGGCUAGCUUUGGAGGCUACAUGUUCGACAGAGAUGCUCUCGUUAUGUCAUUUGCCCCCAAAGAUGAGCAUGAAGCUCAAGUCCAGAUGGCCCUAGAGCGCGGUAUUCCAGGAAUACUAUCGGUGAUGGGAACACAGAGGCUUGUUUUCCCCAGCAACGUAUUUGAUGCCGUACAUUGUGCACGUUGCAGAGUACCUUGGUAUGCUGCAGGUGGAAAGCUGCUUUUGGAACUCAAUCGGGUGCUGAGACCAGGGGGAUACUUUGUCUGGUCUGCAACCCCUGUAUAUCGCAGAAAUGACCCGGACGAAGUGCGCAUAUGGGAAGAAACUAUCAAGGUCACAGAAGCGAUGUGCUGGAAACUUGUCAUUCGAACCAAGGCAGAUCCCGAGACGCAGAUCGGGUUUGCUGUUUUCCAGAAGCCCCAAGAAAAUUCCUGCUAUGAAAAGCGUACGACGGAUGAACCUCCGAUGUGCGAAGUGGAUGAUCAACCAGAUGCCGCUUGGUAUGUUCCUAUGAAUAGCUGUCUGCAUAGAAUUCCUACCGGUGAGGGGGCCAGAGCCGCAGAGUGGCCGGUAGAGUGGCCUCUACGUGUGGAGACAACUCCCAGUUGGUUGAAGAGUGUUCCCAAGGGUAUCUACGGAAAACCUGCUGCGGAGGAGUUCGUCUCUGACUCAGAGCACUGGCGCAAUGUUAUCGAAAAUUCGUACCUCACAAAUAUUGGGAUCCGUUGGUCAGCCAUAAGGAAUGUAAUGGAUAUGAAGGCGGGCUAUGGAGGUUUUGCAGCUGCUCUCGUUUCCCAACCUGUGUGGGUUAUGAACGUGAUCCCCACUGAUGAGCCAGACACAUUGACGAUCAUAUACGACCGUGGACUUUUUGGACUUUACCACGAUUGGUGUGAAUCUUUCAGCACGUACCCGAGAACUUAUGAUCUCAUGCAUGCUGAUCACCUUUUCUCAGGACUCAAGAAGAGGUGUAAUAUCUCGGAUACCUUGAUUGAAAUGGAUAGAAUAUUGAGACCGGAAGGAUGGGCCAUCUUCCGAGAGACUGUGGAUGUGAUGAGCGAGAUUGAGGACAUUGCGAAAUCUUUGCACUGGAGCAUCCGAUACACCUACGAGGAAGGCAAAGAGCGGCUUGUUGCUGCUCAAAAGAGGAUGUGGAGACCACAAUCUUUGUAGUUUAGGCGAAUAUCCUCAUUUCCAAGCUGUAACAAACUCAUAGUUUGCACGUCGGCAGCUGUAUCCGACUAGCAAGCAUUAUUCAUGAGGCACAUACUGCUCCUCUGUUCAAUCAAGCGACAGGGUAGCACGGUAAAGUUUGGGGUCAAACCCGUGGCCGGACACAGGAUGUUGUUGUCCCAACAGUCAGUUUUCUUGAUGUCCUCUUCGUUUACAAGUAUCUCGAGCAAUGGGCAAAUUCAGAUCGAGCGAGCUGGCAGAUCGUGUAUGCUCGACAAACUAUCUGGAGUUUAUCUGAAUUGAGCAUGUUACCGGCGUCCAAGCUCGGUACAUGAGAGGUGAGAGGACCACAGCACAGCAGAGCCUUGGUCCUAAAUGUAAAGGAAUACGUAGUUGCGGAUAGACGAGGUUAGUACAAUGGAAACCUAGGUUACUUGAUUCUUCCAAACCGUCUUGUACGUUUGCUCCAGUUUAAUGCUGAAACGUACAUGCACCCACGCUGAGGCCCUUUUCCGCGAAGGCUUGAGGGUGCACGAAGACCAUCUCUUACAGUUAAGAUGAGGCGUCCUCUCGCUACCCGGAGGAGUUCCGUCGAAUCGUUGUAAUUUUACGACUUUUACGAUCUCUUCAGUACAUUUUGUGCGCUUAUUAUGCGCAGCCUUUGUUAAGUACUGGUCGACAUGUUCCACACUAUUUUUUGAAACAACGGCUUACCAAAGGGUGGAGCCUACAUAUCUAUUGCAGCCCC